AUCCAAGCAGAUGAAAAAGUAGUUUGGUUAUAAAUGUAAAAAAAACACCUUGCUCAGCGCGGUCAAAUUUGCUAUUACAUAGAAGCCAGUUGAGUUAUUUUGCUUAUCUAACCCACAAGAUGGGCCAGCUGACGUGAUACCAUCCACAUUAAGGCAUUGUGUGAAAUUAAUGCAUUUGCAAAUUGAGAACCUGCCCUUGCAUGAUGGCGGAUGAAUGUGUCCGUGGGGCAGACCGCAACACUAAUAUACCUCACCAACAGUGAAGCAUCGGCCGCCAGUGGCGUGUGGACGUAUCAGGAAGAGAACCGACAAAUUCACUGAAAUCAAAUUUGGGAGUUCUGUUUCUAGAAGAGAAAAAAAAGUGCCCCGGAAAGACCCGCUCGUUUCGUCAUUUUGAGAUCCGAAGGGGAGGAUUUCUUCAUUCCCAGAAAAUUUCUCCGCAUCAUUUUGGGAGGUAACAAAGUGGAGUACCCGCGUCUUUCCUCAUUCACAAAUGAUACAAUGUAACGGGCGCUUUGAUCGCAAUCAUCCGGAGCUCAUGUUUGUGUGCGCGAUCGUACUCUUGUUCGGCUGAAUUCAAGAAAAGCAGACAAGGAAGGAGAGGAAGUAGAAGCGAGCAGUUGACUCUUUGAGCUCUGCAUCACAAGUUUCCUUCACUCUUGCUGAUCAGACCUGGAGACAUGAGUUGUCAGGAGGUGCCGAACCCCAGCCAGGAGUCGAAGGACACGGCUGUGGUCCCGACAGAGGCCGGAGCCACACAGGCAGUGCCAACAACGUCCCCGAAGCUUCCCUCAGUGAACGUAAAGACCGAGGUGGCGUCUCCCGUUGAGUCUGUGGCCAGUAACGGCAAAGCGAGUGACGGCAACAUACCUGCUGAGAUCUGUGUUGUUUUGGGAAGCUCUCGUAACUCUCAAACACAAGGCUCUUACAUUUGUGGAGUAUGUGGCAAAAAGUACAAGUACUACAACUGCUUUCAGACGCACGUCCGAGCUCACACAGAGACCGAGGCUGCUGCUUCUGGAGAAGGAGCAUCUCUGGGAAUCAAUAAUUCUUUCCGCUAUACAUGUGACGUAUGUGGAAAAAAAUACAAGUACUACAGCUGUUUUCAGGAGCACAGAGACCUCCAUGCAGUUGAUGAUCCGUAUGAUCAUGUGAUACCAGUAGAAGACCUUAAAGAGGAGACUGAAUCCUACCAGAAAAUGGGACCAAAAACGGGAAGUUACACCUGUGAGUAUUGUGGAAAACAGUACAAAUACUUCAACCCCUAUCAGGAACAUGUGGCUCUUCACGCUCCAAUGAAGGGAAAUUAUGGCCUUAAAAUGGAAGGGAAAAUGUCUAACCAGUCAGGCCAGUCCAGUCGUGCCGACAUCAACAAUUCCCAGAACUCGAGUGAUACUCCAAACAGCCGGACCUAUUCUUCCCGUCCCAGCCCUCAGAAAACCUACACGUGUGGAGCCUGUGGAAUUCAGUUCCAGUUCUACAACAACCUCCUGGAGCACAUGCAGUCCCAUGCUGCUGAUAAUGAGAACCAUGUUAAAGAUGAGUCUCCGAAGCCAUGCCAAGUGCCUGUAGCCACACAGGAGCAGAUGUGGAAAUCUCCUCAGCCGGCACAACAGAGGAACCACAUACCAUCUUUUCAGAACAGAUUACUUCCAGAAAAGGAGAGACAACAAGUAGCUGAACGUUUACUGAGAGUAAUGUGCGUAGACCUUGGCCUUCUUGGCGUCCUCAGCAGCAAAGACUUCCUGAAGCUUGCACAGACCCUGGUGGACACGGGUUCACGUAAUGGGGCCUACUCCAUUCGUGAAGCCCUGGGAGAUAUGAGCUCACUGGCAUUAAAACAGCUCCCCCGUAUGUACAAUCAGGUCAAAGUAAAAGUCACCUGCGCCCUGGGUUCCAACUCAUCCUUGGGCAUUGCAGUGACCUGCCAUUCCCAGACUAUAGGACCAGACUCCUGCUAUUUGCUGACAGCGUAUCAAGUAGAGGGUGUGCGACUCCGGCGCUACGUCCUGGGACUCAAGGAGGCCUCGUUAAGGGAGAGUCCUGAGCAAAUACACCACUGGGUCCAGAAUGUUCUGUCAGAGUUUGUCAUGUCGGAAAUCCGCACAGUCUACGUGACAGAGCCACGCUUGUCUUCGGUAGCCUUUUGCUGUCGCACCGGAAUUGGCCUUCGUUGCACAGGUUGCUCUCUAACAGCCACAGUUCAGGCCGUUCUCGGUCGCCGCAGCCUGCAAGCACGAGGGCUCCAUGAACUAGGAGAGCUUCUGGCUACAUGUCGCGACAUUGCUGCAACGACCAGCUUCAGUCAAGAAGGGAAAGCUGCAGAAGAGCCUGCCGCUCUGCCCUGCUGGGAUGCAGUUGCAGAGGCCUUGCUCAAGGUACACGAGAACUUUGAGGCCACCUGUGAAGCGUAUGGCCGUUCGAAGAGCACUGUGCCACUCUUGCAAGGCCUGAACAAGCACCUGCUUGGCACGCUUGCAUGUUUGCUUGCGCCGCUAAGACAGGCAGCACAGGAACUGAGUGUGGAACACUGCCCCACACUCCAACACGUCCUUCCCGUCUACCUCCGUCUCGAAAAACUUUUCACCUCCAAAGCCGGUGAAGCGGGUGCUGGCAGUAAGCUCUGCCACUACUUCCUGGAAGCCCUGAAGGAGAACUUCAAAGUGGAACGCGUCCAUCAAGUCGCAAUGAUCCUGGAUCCACAGCUUAAGCUGCGGCCAGUCCCUGCGUACCAGCAUGAGGAUAUUAUCUCAAGGGUGUGUGACAUGGCGGCUAAUAUGAGGGAAUCAAGAAGCAGUGGUUCUGGGGGUAUGUCUGUGGACGAACGGGAUAGCGAAGGACCGUCAGCACCAAAGCGUGGCCGCCUGGACUGUGGAUUGGAGAGGCCAUCGUGCGAUGCUGAAGAGCCACAGGUACGAAAAGAGUUGUUCCAGUACCUCGGCGAACCACUCUUCAAUGGCACAGGUGACCUGUUGCAGUACUGGAGUUCGGUCAUGGACAGAUACCCCAGGCUGUCGCGGUUAGCACUGUGGUUGCUGGCUGUACCGGCUGUAGCUGUGCAUGGAGAGUGCGUGAACAUCUGCGAGGAGACCUUAGCCAUGAAAAGAAAGCAGCAGGUCACUGCGGAGGAGAUGAACAAGCUGGUCUUCCUCAAGAGCAAUUUUGCUUGAGAUGGCUCAGGACUUUCAGCUAAUGGCACCAUAGACUGUUUGAAAUGGAGACUUUUUGAACCAGAUGUACCGGUCACUUCUCUUUACCCCUUCCAAAAAUCUUGUUUUACCGUAAGUGUCCAUCAAUGAGGCACAUGAUAAAAAUUUACCAAGGAAAAAGGUACAUUGACAACUAAUUCACAAACACCCCUUCAGACCAUACAGUAGCUUGACAUUGGCAGUGGCAACAGAAGCAACUCGAUGAAAAUACAGUCUGCGCGAGGACAAGGACGUGAACUUGUGUUUUCGAUGUUUCGGUUAAACUAUCGCUUAAAAUUGUGAUGUGUUUUUAUCAGUAUGUGGUUCAUCCAUCUCUCUUUUCUUUCUGUGGAAUCCAUCUGAAAUUUAGUCAAUGGAUUAUUGAAAUCAUACACAACAUACUUUCCAUCUAGAGAAGGAAAAAACGGGGUACUUAGAAAAAGCCAUUUCUUUGCAAUUACGCCUUUAUGAAAACCACAAACACUCUUUGCUGUGACAUCCGAACGAUACCUCUCUUUAGCAGUUUAUCAGAGGGCAGAUCAAGCUUGUAGAGGUGUAAGUCUUGUUGUAGGCAGGCCCUGAUUCAGUAAUCUCAGUUAACCGGUUUGAGUGUGUUAAGCUCUUGUUCAGCCUCAGGAGUUUAAGGCCAGCAGAACUUAAAAUUUAUACUUGGGUCACAUAGAUAAAUGAUUUUGCAAUUAUUUAUUUUAAUUAUUUUUUGUCAGUUCUCACAAUAACGUUGCAAUAAAUGUUCCGUAGCAGAAGUUAUACUAUCAAGCUGACGUUGAUGCCUUGCACCUUUGUAGCAGCCUUUUUUUUUCAAUUACAGCUCACUGGGAUCAUUUCCUUCUACAAUACAAUCUGCAAUACCUGAAACAGCCACUUAAACCCCAAGAUUGGAUCCCCAAUAAUAUUGGGUUAUGGAAGUAUAUAGGAAUGAUCUGAUGUUCCAGUCCAGUGGAUCUGAUUUAUUUAUUUUUUUAUUUUUUUUAAUUCAGAUCUUGUUUCUGAAAGUGGGAAUAGGGCUAUGAAAUACAGAAACUGUCUGUCUCUCACUGUCUCGGUACAAACCACCUUGAACAGAGGCAGCUAACUGCAUUAUUGUUUGAAUGCAUUUUAAGAGGAUAAAGCUAAACAAGUAUUUCAUUAUUUAUGCACUGGAUUUCUCUUAUCAUUAUUUUCCUCAUUUAUCUACAGCAGGUAAUUAGAUUAGUGAUAACAUUAACUAGAAUAAAAUCAUUGCCUAGAUUAGGAAUAAAGUAUCUUUUAAAAGUAGUUUGUCAUUGUGAAUAAUUGCCAUUUCCGGACAGAUUUGUAGUUUUAUCUUAUAAUACUCGUGCUUCCUCAUAACGGUUUCGCCCUCAUAAAUUUCCACUGCCUUUGAACAACUGUUCAUUUCAAAAUUGUUCUAGUAAACAGACAGAAUUAACAAUUUUCACUUCCAUAAUAAAAUAAAUGAUCUUCAAGAGUAUUUUGCAGUAGUUUUUCCAAGGAAAGAUGUGAUUUAGUAUUAUAUAGUUUGUCUUGUAAUGCCUUGAACAUCUUUGUGUGAUUAUACAGAUAUGCAUGCAGACAAUAUAAGAGUUUUUUUUUUUUUCUUUAAUAAAGUGGAAGAGAUCUAUAGUGCAUAUGUCAGUGUUCACACAACAGCAGAAAUACUGUUGUCAGUCCUAUUUUGAGUGCUAAAUAAGGUUUUGUUCAUGUGCAGAUCUCCUUAUAAAAGAAUGACAACCGCAUUCUCUAACAAUAGUGAUUGACUUAGAUUUUCUGGAGUCAAAGCCAAAUUUUGAGGGUUCAGUUAUAUAUGCUGUAGGACUAAAAUGGCAGUGAAGUAGUCUAUCACAUCAUUGAAAUGGGUAAGCAUGAGGUGUGCGCUUUGGGCUGUCGACCUCUCUCAGGUUAUCUAAAAUGGUGGUAUCGUGUAGUGAAAGAGAGAGCGAGACAAAACUCUUAAGUAUUUAGGAAAUAGGCUUACAAGGGGGAAAAAACGGUACCGAAGAGUUUUUGACCACAUAUAUGAACAGUUCCUAAUAAAUUUGAAAUCCUUAAAGUCCUUUAUAGUCUAUUGACUAUCAUCAUCUGUUCCUAUGGUUACAGGCAUUAUUUGCCCUACGUAGAAGGGAACUGACUUUGGUUACCUGUAUAGACAUUGUAGGUACUCUGCUGUUGUAGGUGCAAGACGAUUUGAGAAUCACACCUGCUGGUAAAUACGGUUGUUAAUCCCGCACACACCAUAGAAUUUGUUUAUUGCUAUGAUAAAACUAUAGCGAACAAUUGUUUCGGCAUUUAACGGCUGUGAACAAGUUUAACCUAUUUGGUGUCCGUUAUGUUUGACCAAAUAUUAGCGACCAAAGACGCAUUGUGUCAUGCAAUUUUACCUAAACCACUGUUGACAGACGCUUGGUGUAUUAUUCUUGUGAAGCUGCUGCUUUUAAACUGCACGCUCUUUGCAGUGUUGCCUGCCUUUUCUGCUUAUCCUUCUUUGUGCUUUUGGGCUUCCCAUUAAGGUCACUAAAAAUAUGAGCAACAAACAGUAUUUGUUUUUGUUUUAUUUUUUAAUGUGAGAGAUUCAAGUGAGUCGUCAACAAGAAGUUUAGUUCACUUCUUUUUGGCCUUACUUUUUGAAUUUAAUGUUAAUGUUGUUGUCACUACCUGAACAUUUUUACAAGUUAAGUCGGUUGUCGAGUGGAUUAAUGCCUCGUUCCAGACGAAAUCAAAGGCGGGAAACUGAAAUUUCCCGCUUCCAACCUCAAUGCCUUCAGGUCAACCACUGUCACUGACUCAGUGUGAGCAAUUCGUGUUCCCACAUCAAUGAUGAACAAAAACAAAAGCAAAGAACACUUAAUGCUCAGGUUAGCUUGUUAAAAACAAGCCAGAAUAAAAUAAAAAUAAAAAUUGUAUGUUAUACAUUUGUGUAAUAUACAUCUUUGUAUACCACAUUGUAAACUUGAUGUUGCCCUGCAUGCGCUCUUAAGUCACCGCCAUCUUUCAACUUUUUUUUUUUUUUUAAAGAUUAUGGUUGAAUACUAAUGUCCAACUUUAAACGCCGUUCCAGUAAUUUUAUUCCCAAGUAGGAGGUAGGGAAGAGUUCAGAUCUAUCUGAACACAAAUAAGCACUUCAGUAGAGGAGUAACAACCGUAUUUAGCUCCAGCGUGUACGUGGCCAUUGUGUGAAGCUUAGUUCAUACAAAUUCGAUCUGCUAAAAAGAAAAGGAGCUGUGAUGCAUGUUGUUUGGACUUGGUAUCUCACAUACCCCAAAAUACAGAUAAUGAUACUGGCUAGCAUGUGCAGAAAUGUUCAUAUGUA